AAAUUGUGACUUAAGAAAGUAGAAAUUAUAUAAAACCUAUCAACCAAAGUUUAGGCAUAAAUAAACUUAGGGUUUGUAUCUUUCUAUACAAAAAUUUAAAGGGUUUUUUCUUGUUUAUCUUCCUCAUCAUCUUCUUCUCUCGUGCAGACGUGCAGUCUAAGAAACGCAAACACAGAUACACAUAAGACAAAUCUAUAAAGAAGAAGAAACCGAAGAGCUAAUAAAUGGCAGCUACUACUCUUUCCAUCUCGACCACAAUGCGUUCCUCCUCUUGUUCUUCCGGUCUUAAUGCCGCACAUCACUACCCUUCUCGACCCAUCGCAAUACAACUUCCGUUUGGCUUUGGUGUUUCUUCUUCUUCAUCUUCCACGCUCAGCCACCGUGCAAUCUACCUCCAUCCUAUAUCUGCAGUCAAAGCUCCAAAGAGAAUCAAGAAGAUUGGAUCCGAGAUCUCGUCUCUAACCCUGGAAGAAGCCAGCAUCCUUGUCGACUACGUCAAAGACAAGUUCCGUGUUUCAAUACUCUUCUCAGCGCCUGCUGCUGCGUCUUUCCCUCCUCCACUUAACACUGGCGGUGUGGUGGCUGCUGGGAAUAAGCAGACCAAAUUCGAUGUGGUUAUCGACGACGUUCCCGAUAAUUUGCGUAUUACAGUGAUCAAAGCCAUUAGGGCUAUGACCAGCUUGUCGUUGAUGGAAUCGAAAAAGGUAAUCACAGAAGGGUUUCCGAAGAAGUUUAAGGAAGGUGUGACGAAAGAUGAAGCCGAAGAAGCCAAGAAACAGCUCGAAGAAGCUGGUGCCAAGGUUUCUAUUGUUUAAGUUUUAACAGUUUUUCAAACAUGAAGUGUAUUUUUUUUCUAAUUAAUAGACUUUCAUAAAAUUAUUUUGGUGUUUAAUAGACUUUCAUGUUUUGG